CAGGAACUUGCGGCACUCAGUCUCACCUUAGAAGCGAGAGAAGACAGUGCCUAUAGCGAGUAUCAAAUAUUUGUACAGGAUGCACAAUGCGGAACUCUACAGUUCGUCCCACGGGCUUCAGAAGAGAGACGCCGUCCAGGUACUAACGGAGUACAUAGACUCCAUGAACUGGAAGCCUGGGGACCGAAUACUUGACGUGGGUUGUGGUCCAGGGUUCGUGACCUCGCAAGAGUUAAUGCCCCGAUUGCCAGCAGACUUCGGGCUGCUGGUGGGAGCAGACGUAUCACCCAGCAUGGUGCAACACGCCUCCAAAAUGUACACGCACCCGAAACUGAGAUUCGUAGAAUUCGACCUAAGCAAGGACUUACGAAGUACCUCCGAACUGUGGACACAGGGCUUCGACAAGAUCUUCUCCUUCUACUGCCUCCAUUGGAUUCCUGAUCACAGGAAAGCUGUUAGUAACAUAUACAACUUGCUACGAACUGGGGGAGAAACCCUUCUUGUGUUCCUGGCUAAGUGUCCAGCAUUCAAAGUAUACAGCGCCCAGAGACUGAAACCAGAGUGGCAACCCUACAUGGAGGAUGCCCACCGGUUCAUAUCGCCGUAUCACCAGUCAUCAGAACCUGGAGAAGAAUUCAGCAAAGUUCUGCAAGACACGGGAUUCGAAGUGAUUGACUGUGAAUGCAGAACAAAUGAGUACAACUAUAACACUGUUGGCUGCCUUAAAGAUUCCCUGAGGGCAGUCAAUCCGUUUCUUGACCGGAUACCAACAGAACUACAUGAAGAAUAUCUAGCAGACUGUUUAAUGGAAGCAAUAAAAGUAACAGAAAGAAAUAACAAUAUCGGAGCCGAGGUUACUUCAAUUAGAUACGAACUCAUUGUCGCGUACGCAAGAAAAACGUGAAUGCGUCUGCCACCUGUUGGUCGCUAUACGAGAUUCUGACCGAGCUCGACACCUCGGUUGGUAAUAGCGUAAGCAUUUGUGGACAUAACAUUGACUGCAUUCGGCCUAAAUUUUCAUGCGUGAAAUUUACAACCCUCAUCAUGCAAAGAACCUGCACACGAAAUAAGAACGUGACGUGUGAGAUUUUUGUAAAGAGCUGCCUCUUAUCGUAAUAUUUUUUACCUAAUUCAGUUAUUAAGAACUCUUGACACCUUGAUUAAAAACUUUGGAGACAGAAGAGCUCCCAGGCUUGAAGUUAUAGCAAGCAAGUUAUUACUACAACAAAUGACAAAAUGUGCUAGCAGACUAGUUCGAAUAUUCAACAAGACACAACACAUGACUACAAAUUACCAUCCGGUCUGCGUUUGUAGUUAACAGCAAACAACCGAUUAUUUCGAAUGUUCAAUAACAAUAAAUAACAAUCAGCUAGCCUAUAGACUAAGAAAGGCAAUUACAUUCCUUUCCAUCUGAUUUUUCAUCGGGACCCAAAUAUUUUCAACAAGAAAGAAACCAAAAUUAAACACUGCUAAUCGACUUAGCAGAAAUCUUAAUAUGUGCCUUCUUAAUACACAGUGAAAAUGUUAACAUUUCUUCUUUGAAGUGUAAAUAAAACUUAUCCUUCCAGUACAACA